AUGAUGCACUCUGCAGAUGCACUGGAGAUCAUUGCUUGUGCCGUUCUAAUCCUCGUGAGCUUUGUUGGAAACAUGUGUUUAUUUUAUUCUACAAGGAAGUGUAUCACUGGACGUAUUCAAACAUCCUUUCUUCUAAUUUCCAGUCUUAUCACUGUCCACCUUAUUAAAAAUUUGGUGGUGAAUGUCAUGAAAAUUGUUUAUUCUUCUGGUGUCAUGUUGGAUUCAGCUGGCUGCAAAGUUCUGCAUUUCACGGCGGCCCUGACUACCUCACUGGCCAUCUGGUUCAUGUUACACUUUGCAUUGUUCUACCACUGGAGGCUCUACCAAAUUGUCUACACCUUGAAUGAGGCUCCAAACCUGGAAGAUAAGCAUUCCUUGAAGGUAGUUUCUGCACUUUGGGUGGCUGGUAUGGUGGUACAUACCCCAGCUUUAAUUUAUACUAGAAAACCAGAAUACCUGAUUGCAGGAAAUGGUACAGACCCCUUGUCUACUAACAGGAUUUACGUGGACUGCCUAAUUGGCUUUGGAAACAAGCAGGUUGAAUUUUACUAUGGGAAAAUAUUUUUAGUUCUGAUUGAUAUUCUUCCUUUAGCCGUUUUAGUCUUUGUCUGUUUCUGGAUGUCUUUCCUCCUUUCAGAGAGAAAGAAGUUGACAUAUGGUGACAUCUGGAUUGGAGAGGAUGAUUCAGAAAUUGAAAUCCUUAGAGGGGCCAAGUUCAGUAUUUUAUUAAUGUUGCUGAUCACUCCACUUUGGGUUUCUCACUUUAUCUUAGUCUGUUUCUUGAAGGACUUGGCAGCAUAUGUCUUUAUUCCAGCUGUUCUCACAGCCCUCUCUUCAGGUUUCUCUGCUGUCAGUCCUCUCCUGCUUAUGUUGGUGAAUUACAAAAUAAAGUUGGUGUCUUUCUGUGGUGCCAAAGAGGAAAAACCCACACCACAGCCUGUAAAUGUUAUUCUUUCUCCAUAUGCUUAA